AUGAAAGAAGUUGGUAAAAUGUCUUUAAUUGAUUUAGCUGGUUCUGAGCGUGGUAAAGAUACAGCAAGUGGUGAUCGUCUUCAACGUAUGGAAGAUUCAGAAAUCAAUAAAUCUUUAUUAGCAUUAAAAGAAUGUAUUCGUGCAUUGGGUCGUAGUGAUGGUAAUCAUAUACCAUUUCUUUGUAUGAUUGCAAUGAUUUCACCAACACAUUCUAAUGUUGAAAAUACGAUGAAUACAUUACGUUAUGCUGAUCGAAUGAAAGAAUUAAGAGUUGGAGAUAAUUUAAAUAAAGAUAAUCAAAUAUAA